AUGGAUGUCAGUCCCGAUGUCCUUGCUGCGCCGCGUUCACAAGAACUGUCUCAUGAUAAGCAGUCUUCUGCCCUAAGAGUUACGAGCCAGGACACCUCCAUACACACACCUCAAGGGGGAGGUGUCAGUCCUACGGAAGAACCCGACCGCCGCCGCAGUCGAAGUCAGCCUUCGAGACCGUCAGACCCACGGUCUCCACCAGCGCAGCCCUCGCGGCAAUCUGUUGAUCCCCGGAUUAGGCGAGAAGACCUACACACUGCCGACCUUGAGCUCGUUAGCAAGCCACAAACACCUCCGGUCGAUGAAGACCAAUUUGGCGUCGAUACAGACAAACCAUUAUUAGCAGGAUCUUCUCGCGACGGAUCAUAUACCAUCGUCAGUCAAGUUGGCGAGGGUACGUUUGGUAAGGUCUACAAGGCCCAAAAUAUACAAACAGGUGUGCAUGUUGCUUUGAAGCGAAUUCGCAUGGAGUCGGAGAAGGAUGGAUUUCCUGUUACAGCGAUGCGGGAAAUCAAGUUGCUGCAAUCUUUACGACAUGCCAACGUUGUUCGACUUUAUGAGAUUCUUGUCUCUAGCGGCGCGGUGUACAUGGUGUUCGAAUAUAUGGAUCACGAUCUAACGGGCAUUUUAUCACAAUCACAGUUUUCAUUUUCUGAUGCUCAUCUCAAGUCGCUUUGCCACCAGAUGCUAGCUGGAUUAUCCUAUCUCCAUCAUAAGGGGGUGAUCCACCGUGACAUCAAAGGGUCCAAUAUCCUCAUUAACAAUCGCGGUGAAUUGAAGUUGGGUGAUUUUGGAUUGGCGCGAUUUUAUCAAAAACGACGACGGACGGAUUACACCAAUCGCGUGAUAACGCUUUGGUACCGUCCGCCAGAGCUUUUGUUUGGCGCGACGGUGUAUGGUCCCGAGGUCGAUAUGUGGAGUGCUGGAUGCAUUAUGCUAGAGCUUUUCACAAAAAAGCCUGUGUUCCAAGGGAAUGACGAAAUACAUCAGUUGGAUGUUAUCUAUCGCAUUCUUGGUACCCCUACACAAGACAGAUGGCCAGACAUAAUAAACCUGCCAUGGUACGAACUUGUCAAGCCCAAGGACCCUGUUGCCAACCGCUUUCGUGAAUUGUUCCAGAAGUGGAUGUCUCCCGCUGCGCUUGAUCUUGCCGAGCAGCUCCUAGCUUAUGACCCGUCCAAGCGUGCCUCUGCAGUUCAGGCAAUGGAAGCGCCUUACUUCGAAUCUGAGCAACCCGAAGCAGAGCGACCUCUCGGUCUCGCUAACCUUGAAGGAGAAUGGCAUGAGCUGGAGACGAAACGUGAACGAGCCAAAAAGCGAAAAAAAGAAUGA